AUGGACAAGAAGAUGUCGCGCCCCUUCCUCGCCUUUUUCCUCAUCAUCUCCGACGCCAUCGGAGGCCAUGUCUUUGCAGAAAUGGCUUCAAACCAACACAUGCCAAUCAGCACCCUCCACGCUGCUCGUUCCGCCGGCGCUGUCUUCGGCACCAUCACUUGGCUCGCCAGACUCAUCACCGGCAUCAUAGUGUGCAUCGAAUACCGCACUUACGACACGCUCUACACCGUUUUCGGCGCCUACAAAGUCGUCGACGUGGAGGUCACCAUUACAGAUGCCGAGUACGAACAAAUGCAAGGAGCAGCGCGGCAAGCAUUUACCCAAUUGAUGAGAAACCUCAAGCGCGCGAAGCAACUUGCCUUCGGAGCACUCUUUCGCCUCACAUUCCUGGUGCCGCGCGUGAACCUUGAGAACACGAGGCGAUGGCUGAGGGCUGCAAGCAGCGACGGCGGUGACGGCAGCAACGGCGGUGACGACAGCGAGCUUCCUCUGCUAUCGGAUCCCGCAGGAUUGGAUACUUGGGGGAACACUCGAUGGCAUGUGCACGAGACUACGCACACCGUGCGAAAUGGGCGGGAAGUCUCAGGAGCCAUACGACUCGGAGACGAACACGGGAAUCUCGGGGUAUCGCACUCUGUAAGAAAUCACCGUUCUAUGGGGAGCAUGAUCGGAACGGGGGACGAUGUUUGGAUGGAGACGUGGAGGAUGUAG